AUGGAUCAAGAAGCAUUCACCUCACUCUCCCAUCGGACACUCUCCUUCCAACAUCAUCUUAGCCACCAAGCAUGCUGCCCAACGAUGGACCUCGCCGUCCUCACCUCUCCCUCUACCGGAAUCAACAGCGCGCCUCCAAACCAAUCGACCUCUCAUGAUACCUUAAGCUGCUUUCGUCUCAGUGGCUCAACUCCCCAGGUGUGGUCGGUGUCCGUCGGCAGGUUUUUUGCCGACAAUUGUGCUUGCGUCGAUCUGCUGGGGCAUCACGUCGAUCUCGAUCCGGAGUCACGCUUCGAUGAGAUUACCGCGUUACAUUGGAGUCCAGAUGGUCAAUCCUUGGUGGCUGGCCUGAGCUCGAAAUCAUCCUCUUGUCCACCAACGUUCGUCUUGUUAAGCGUACACUCUGGCCAACUAUUAGCAUUCCCAACAGUGGUCACCUCAUCAGACCUCAAUCUUCAAUCUACCCCUCUCCACUCGGACCAGCCUUCCGACCAAACCACCAAAAUUGACUUCUUGGCCUGGCUCUCCCUACGACCCUCGAAAAAUCCGAACCGAGAAUCAGCUCAAUCCACUACUGACGCGCGCUCGAUCGGACAAUCUCUAUGUGACAGACUACCAGCCAAUCUGACGGUUACUCAGCUCACGAAAAUUGAAACUAUCAGGAAUCACAUGGGCCCUGUAUAUACCUCCAACCCAUCAACAGGAACGUCCAAAUUGUAUGAUCAUUAUCCGAUGAUUCGCUUUCCGCCGUGCUUGGCCGCAAAUCAGCUCCAGCCGAAGGAACGUCCGAACACGUCCUCCCUGCUAAUUGUAUCCUCCCAUGUCAACACGCUUCACUUUUUUCUGGAUGGUACAGUCUAUUUGGGUACCACCGCCCUACCCUCCCAAGUCCAGCUGGUCGGAGUUCAGCUCUUGCAACAAGACGCACCUUCAACUACCCCUCUAGAUGAUGCCCACCGUGGUGGAGUUCAGCUGCAGUUAGUCUGGUUGGAUGCAAAUCAUUCGAUCGGAUUCGGUACUCUCGACUUACUACCUUCAUUACUACCCUCGCAUCCUUCUUCCAACAAGGCAUCUAUGCAUAUCAACGUGUUCAAACUCGAACAGCGACUAUCGCUUAUUGGCAUCAACUCCAAAGAACUCAAUCAGCAAGCACAGCUGUCGAAUGAAAUUCAGAGUCUACUGAAAGAUAGCUUCUUUGCGUAUUUUGGUAUCGUCAAAGAUUGGCAUAUCGCUAGGAUCACUGCGAAAAAGUGGUAUGAAAACUUGGAACAGCUUUCUAAAACACACAAAGGCGUGUUCAAUUGA